AUGAUUUUGAGAACUCAUGUUAAUAGGGUAACACCCUUGAGGAAACAGUUUAGCACAAUUUCAAGGUCACUACUACAACAACAGCGUCAUCAACAGCCAUAUCAGUUACAACCUUAUCGGUUGAAUCCGCAUUCACUACCGGUGGAAGAGUUGCCAAAGAUUCAAAAUGUACAAAAACCUCGAAAAGAUGUACAAGAACAACAAGCUACCCAGCGAAGGCCUCGAACAAUGAGGUUUAGAAAGGAAACUUUUUCAAACACUAUCGAGCCGAGCGAGAUAGUGGAGCAACCCUUUGCAGCUGCCACCGAUACUGCAUUUACUUUGAAAGAAACAGCACCAGCAAAAGAAGCACUAAAAGAAGCACCAAAGAAAGCACUAAAAGCAGCUUCACUGGAAGUUGCCCCCGCGAUUGCCACCAAGAAACCAAGAACAAGGGUUUUGCGUCCAAGAAAACAGCUAAUCACACUUACACCAUCAGCUCUAGCGCACCUUCGCCAACUAUCCAAUCAACCAAAUCCGAAAUUGAUUCGAAUCGGUGUAAGAAAUAGAGGGUGUAGCGGAUUGACUUAUGAUUUGGAUUAUGUUGACAAACCAGGUAAAUUCGACGAACUAAUUGAACAAGAUGGCGUGAAAGUACUAAUUGAUUCCAAGGCAUUAUUUAGCAUUGUUGGAUCCGAAAUGGACUGGCUUGAUGAUAAACUUAGUUCAAGAUUUAUUUUCAAGAAUCCCAAUUCAAAAGGAACUUGUGGUUGCGGUGAAUCAUUUAUGGUAUGA